GAAGCGGAAUCGGCGGCGCCUCGUGGUUCCGGCGGGGGCGUGCGGAGCCACCGCGGCCUGUUCCCCUUCACAUUCCCACUUCAGCCUCCUUCCCGGCCGCGACCGCCCCCAGUUCCCAUUCUCGGCCCCGUUCUGGCUUCAUUCCCGGACCCAGCUCCGUUCUCAUUCCCGUUCUCGGUCCACUUCUUAUUCCCGUUCCCGGCUCCAUUCCCGUUCCCAGCCCCGCUCGCGUUCCCCUUCCUGCCAUGGCGGUCCGCGCCAGCUUCGAGAACAACAACGAGCUGGGCUGUUUCGCCAAGCUCACCAACGCCUAUUGCCUCGUGGCCAUCGGCGGCUCCGAGAACUUCUACAGCGUGUUCGAAGGGGAGCUCUUCGGAACCAUCCCGGUGGUCCACGCCUCCAUCGCCGGCUGCCGCAUCAUCGGCAGGAUGUGUGUAGGGAACAGACACGGGCUGCUGGUCCCAAGCAGCACGACAGACCAAGAGCUGCAGCACAUCCGCAACAGCCUCCCGGAUUCCGUGCGGAUCCAGCGCGUGGAGGAGCGGCUGUCGGCUCUGGGCAAUGUCACCACCUGCAAUGACUACGUGGCUCUGGUUCACCCAGAUCUGGACAGGGAGACAGAAGAGAUCCUGGCAGAUGUGCUGAAGGUGGAGGUGUUCAGACAAACAGUAGCAGACCAGGUGCUGGUUGGAAGUUACUGUGUUUUUAGUAACCAGGGAGGAAUUGUGCACCCCAAAACUUCAAUUGAUGACCAGGAUGAGCUGUCUUCUUUGCUGCAGGUCCCACUCGUGGCAGGGACGGUGAACCGCGGCAGCGAGGUGAUCGCAGCGGGGAUGGUGGUCAACGACUGGUGCGCCUUCUGUGGGCUGGACACCACCAGCACCGAGCUCUCUGUCAUCGAGAGCAUCUUCAGGCUCAACGAGGCUCAGCCAAGCACCAUUGCCACCAACAUGAGGGAUUCCCUGAUUGACAGCCUGACAUGAGCAGUGUUGGUUCCUGCUUCCCAGAAAGCUCCUAAGGAGUGAAGUGUUGAGCUGCACUUUGGAUCACAGACAUCCAGACCUUCUGAUGGUGUUUCUGGAGGCCUGGCCCAAGGGAGAGGCUACAAACCCAAAUUUUUUCAUCUUUUGUAAACUGUUGCCACAAAAACUGACAAAUAACAUGCAUAAGAUACAAAUAAGGAAUGCUCUGUAUCCCUUUGCUCAGUUCUUCAGCUCUGCUUUCUGAUUUUGUGAUGCCAACUGAGCUCCUCAAAUUUUCCCACAAUAUUUACUCUUGUGGCUCUUGGAUGUUGAUCACUAGAGAUUAUUUUGCCUUAAGUCUUGCACCAGUGUCCUGCUGCACAGCAGUUUGUUUUGGCACUACAUGUGCUGUCCUCUCUGUCCACACUCCUGCUCAAGUGGUGUUUCUGCUCUAGGUACAUGUAAGAUCCCUUUGUAUGUCCAAUACCAAAAAUACAGUAGUUUACUUGCCACAAAAUAAUUCAAAAGUCAUCACCUGCUCUUUUGCCCUGACUUGCAGCUGUUCCCAUGGGAUGGUGAUUCUGAAGUGAUCAGCUUGGAUGAAAACUGGAGUUUUUCAGUGUCAGUCCAUGGGCUUUUAACAACUGCAGUGUGGGAGUCCCUGGAGCAAUGUUUGACCUGAUGCCACCUGUGCUGCUUCUGAGGCACCUGCAGGAGGGCCCAAAAGGCUCACUUGCCUGUGGGCUUAAUUUGUCCUGCAGGAGUUCACCUCCUACAACGGGGAAACUUAUAAAAAUCCAAAUAGAUUUGGACCACCUUAUCUAUCUGUCUUUAACCUUGGAGACAAAGGUUAAAUAACACGGUUCUAAGCAGUCAGUCAGUCAGAGGCUACAGAUUUGGGAGCUUCCUUAUGAAGAGCUCUGCCUGUGCCAGAUGGAAAGCAACUGUAGGUGCUACUUUCAGGCAGAAGAUUGUAAUUUCUUUCUACACAGCUGUUGCUCAGUGAUAUCUCAUUUCAGUUGCUUUCCUGCUUGCCCACUGAGGGUGCACUGAAGGCACAGAAGUGCCUCCAUUUCCCAUCCUGAGGGUAAGAGGAAGCUCUCACUUGUCUCCACACAGCUGCUGUGCUCUCAGCUGAGUUCCCUUGGGGAAUGAUCACCUGAGGCCAUAUUGGCAGAGCUCUUUUCAGCCCAGGGGCUUUGUAGAAAAUAGAGUAAAUUUCCAUUUUUGUUUUACUGUCUGGAUAUUCAGGGAAGGCUUUGUUAUUUGUUAGAUUUGGCUGAUAAAAGGUUACUACUUAAACUUGGAAAUAAAGAUUGCCAUGAUCAUCUGUGAUCAGAUAUCAAGCCUUGGAUACCAAGCACCACCUGUCUUGGCCCACUGACUCCAGGUCUUCUCCUCUCAGCCUGUCUCAGUAUUUAGAGUGAGAAGCUGCUUCUCUUUGGCCACCUCACAGGGCUCAGCUCUUGGGUGGAGCAAAUGUGAUACCUGUUUUAAACGUGGGUCUGUGGGAAUUCUGAGCUGGACUGUGUACAAGGAAAACAAACUAAUAAAGAAUGGAUUUAGAAACAUGGA